AUGUCCGCGUUGUUGUGGCACGGUGCUCAGGCUGCCUGGGCGCGGCUGCCCGGUUCCGACCGAAUCCCAGUUGUGCUGGUCAUUCCGGCCAUCCUCACAGCUGCUGCAGUGCUGUCGACAGUGAGCCUCUGCAUCUACCGGCUCUGGUUUCACCCACUGGCGCGUGUGCCGGGUCCCUGGCUGGCCGCCUGCUCGUCGUUCUGGCUAGCUUGGCACUCCUUUGUGGGCGACGAGUGCACGGCCGUCUUCCGGCUGCACGAGAAGUAUGGUCCCGUACUGCGUGUGGGACCGAACGAUGUGGACAUUGCCGAUGCCGACGCCGUCAACCCGAUCUAUGUGGAGCGUGGCGGCUUCGCCAAGACGGCCAACUACUCCAAGUUUGACGUCGACGGUCACGCCACGCUCUUCUCGUCGCUGACCCGGGACUCUCGCCUUCCACGGGCUCGUGCCGUGGCACCACUCUUUGCCACGGGCACCAUCCGGAAAGCGUCGGGCGUGGGGGACAAUGCGGUCGCCAUGAUUGUCGAGCGUUUUGUCGAGUGUGUCAAGCUGCACGCAGACCACAGCCGUGCGACCGGUCGUCCGGUGAACGCGCUCCUGCUCGGCCGGUCCCUGGCCCUGGAUGCCGUCAGCACGCACCUCUUCAAGCAGACGUACGGGGCCUUGGCCGAGGAAAACAUGUCGGCAGCACCGUUUGUCGACGCCUUUGUGGGUGUGGGCGCCUUUUUCAACCUGCACGCUUGGCUGCCGGGCUGGGAUAUGAAACUGAUGGAUCUGAUUGACCGCUUCACCGGCACCAUGGUCACACCCGACACUGACGGCUCCAUGCAGAAGAUUGACGAGUACACCAUCGGGCUGGUCGAGACAGCGGUACCGGGCAGCGGCAGCUAUGCGAGCCGGCUGCUGGCCGCCGGUACCAAGACGCGACAGGUGCAGGCCGAGUGCAAGGAUGUCUGUUUUGCCGGCACCGACUCGAGCGGCAUGAAUAUGGCCAUGAUGCUGUGGCAGCUGUCGCGGCAUCCGGACGUGUAUGCUCGGCUGCAGAGGGAGCUGGCCGCCCAGGUCGAGGCCAACGGACCGGCGACUGACAUCACGACGAACUCGUACCUGCGCGGCGUCGUGCGCGAAAGCCUGCGGCUGUCCUGGGCAGCGCCCACACGGCUGCCUCGUAUUGUGCCAGCCGGCGGAAAGACCGAAUCGGCUGGCUGGGCCUUUGGCGGCUACGUCUUCCCACCCGGCACUUCUGUCGGCGUGGCCUCAUUUCAGCUGCACCAGGAUGAGGCCGUCUUUCCCGAGGCCACCGCCUUCCGACCCGAGCGCUGGCUGCAGCCGACUGAGCGAAUGCUCAACUCCUUCUUCGCCUUUGGCAAGGGCGGCCGCGCCUGCAUCGGCCAGAACCUCGCCAUGUCCGAGAUGCUGCUGGGAACGGCUCGACUCGCCCAGUCGGACGCCCUGCGCGGUGCCACUACCGUGCGCGAUCACGUCGACAUUCUGGAGUGGUUUAAUUCCCGCGUUAUCGGAGAGGAGGUCCUGCUGACGUUUUCGUGA